UUUCAAGUCUGGGUUACCACGUCGUCGUUUUAUGGCGACUGCCGUAAUUUACCUCAACGGGAAGAAGAAGAAGAAGAAACGACGGCCGGCGACUGAAGACUGUAAACAGUGUGAAUUUUCAGCAGAGAAAAGAGGAAAGAAGGAAGCUAUAGAAAAGACGUAAUGGCUGUGUCUCCAAAAUUAUACAUUAAUAAACCUAAGAAAGCGCAGCUGAAGCAAAUUCAGCAACAACAGGCAUCUUCUCCGACGCCGGUGUCGGUGCCCACGGCGCCGUCAUCUAUGGCGCGCGGUGCGGCUCCACCUCCUCAGCCGCCUAAGGAAUCCUUUAUUCGCCGUUACAAGUACCUAUGGCCUAUGCUUUUGGUUGUCAAUUUCUCUAUUGGAGCUUACCUUUUCAUGAGGACUAAGAAAAAGGAUGUGGGAACUGAGGAAGCAGAAAUAUUAGAUGUUCCUGGCGACUCUAUUUCAACAGUAGCUGCUAGCACAGUUAGUGAAAAGGAAAAGGAAGUCACUGCUACACCUACUCUUCAGCCUGUGAUUGUACGAGAACCAAUACCCGAGAAUCAACAGCGUGAACUAUUUAAGUGGAUGUUGGAAGAAAAGAGAAGAGUUAAGCCAAAAGAUCAAGAGGAGAAAAAGCGCAUUGAUGAGGAGAAAGCCAUUCUCAAGCACUUUAUUCGAGCCAAGUCCAUCCCAGUUUUGUAAUUUUUUACUCUGACGAAUUCCAAUACUCGUAGGCUUGGAUGAAAAAUUUAUCCUCAGGUUUGAUUUUCAUCUUUUUUUGGCUUUUCAAAUAUAAACACAUGUUGAAGUAAUGAAUUUGCUUGGACAAUGAAGUGAUGCCUAAUCCCUA